AUGUGCAGAUACAUGUACACGUACCUAGAGGUGGAAGUGUGUGUGUCUUUAUGUCAGGGUCUACCGGAGAGGAAACGGGGAACUCCCUGUCUCCCACACGGCAUCGGGCUGGUCUCCACAGUGUGCGGGAAGCCCAGGGGCGUAGGGAUGAUCACUGGUGGCCAGGAGGCCGUGGAGGGCCAGUGGCCAUGGCAGGCCAGCCUGCAGUACCGGGGCAUUCAUCCCUGUGGAGCUGUGCUCAUUGAUUCCCACUGGGUGUUCUCUACCGCCCACUGCUUUACAAAGAAGUCUCAUGCCCCUGAAGAUUACUGGGUGUUUGAGGGAAGUACGCAGCUCUACCAGGACACCCAAUACACCAGGAGAGUGACUGUGAGCUGCAUUAUCAUCCAUCCAGACUUUAAGAAGCUCCACCAUUUUGCAACGGUGUUACAACUGCACCAACCUGUGAACUUCAGCUCCUAUAUCAUUCCUGUCUGCCUUCCAACCACUGGCAUGGAGCUGCCCCUUGGCACAUCUUGUUGGAUAACUGGCUGGGGAAAGCUCACC